AUGAGCGUUUGUUCAACUGGCUUUUAUUGGCAUAUAGUACUUAAAAAGCCUUGGCCGAAUAUUCCUAGUCUAAAAGAACUUUGUUAUGCAAAGUAUCUUGAAACCGACGUUAUUAAAGAAAAUUUUGAUGAUUUCGGUCUUAAAGAUGCAUUAACUAAUGAAAUGCUUUUCAAGAAUUCAGUUGAUUCGUUAGCGAAUCAACUGCCUCAUUUCACCAGUUCCUGCUGCUAUGCGACUUCGUUAAAAACAAAAUUUGGUACAUUAUUGUUCACCAGCAGCAAAAUCGAGGGCCUAUUCAAUAAGUGGGACUUAAAAACCCACCCGAACAUGACCAAUACUACUCAACAAGCUAAAAUGCUUCUUGCUGUAACAAAAAUAGACGAAAUUCAAGCAACUGGUGAACAAUUGAGAGAUAUUCGAAAAGAAAACAGAAUAACUUACAAACCACAAGAUUCCGCUUCAUAG